UCUCACGAGACACAAUAUGGCCGCUCACAUUCGUAGCAUAGAGAGUAAUGUCUGUUAAGAUUGCUCUUUUCGUAAAACAUCGAUUAUAAUUACACUCCGAAGUCAUGGUUUCCGAAGACCGGAGAAGACAGGGUUAAUUUAAAUAUCUUUAUUUGUGAGAGUGGUGUGAGCUGCAACAACAUCAUGGCAUCUUCAUUUGUUGUCGGGGAUAAAGCCAGGGAGAAGAUGGAAGAACUGCUGCAAAACACUCACUCAUCUCUGCUGGAGGAAUUUAGAGAAACAUCCCAAUCAACAAACAUGUGCUUCAGCACAGCGAGGAAACUGAAGAAACACCUUAAGGAUACAGGGCACCCUUUCUACCUGCAUGACUUCCUCGGGGACAGCUCAUUGUACUUGCCAGAGGUUGAGAAACUUCCCAGAAAUCCUGAACUAGUUGCACGUCUUAAGCGGAUCAAAGCAAAACUAGCCAAUGAGGAGUACAACAGAAUGACGCGUGAUGUCAACGCUCAGGAAAUCAACCGAAAUGGAACUCUGUCAGAUUUUGGAGGACAAGUGCGGUCAGUCAGAGCCGUGGUGGUGACUGUUUUCAACUUCUUUGUGACUGUGGUUGCUGCUUUUGCCUGUUCCUAUAUGGGCAGCCAGUAUUUAUUCACCGAGACUCCAGCGCGGGUGAGUUCAGCGGUGAUUGCUGCGUCUGUGGUCGGGCUGGCUGAGCUGUACGUCCUGGUCCGGACCAUGGAGGGAGAACUAGGGGAACCAUAGAACACUUUUUUCUUUCUUGUUCUUUCUUCUUUGUUGCUGUCGAAGACUCCAAAACAGCUGGUCAAGGCUUGUACGAAUAUCACCUUUUCCAUACUUUUGCAUAUUGCCUGAACUUUGUUAUUGUUUUAAUCCAGGUAAUGUAUGUAUUGUCUGAGAACACUAGCUCUUGAUGACACUAGUGUUGGAGUUGAAUUGUCAUUAAAUCUGAAACUUGGAACUGGUCUCCAACCCUGAAUGUUAUGUAUUUGUGAUGCUUAGCCUUUAACUACAGUUAUUGUCCAAGACUAGUGGCUAUCACUCAACAAUGCACCCUGUUUACCAUAAAUACUGCUCAGUAAGACAGUGAGGGACAUAGACAUAUCAGUUCUAUAACUUCUAUAUGCUUUAGUUGUAGAUGAAUAAGUCCUCUUUAAUAAGUGGGAAAUGUAAUGCAAAAUGAUCCAGUGUGAUAGCCUUUUCUUGUGUAAUCUACAAAUAAACAGACGGUGAUAAAUGCAGUAUAUAGUCAAAAUAAAUAUGAGUCCAUGUA